CGGAACCUCGCGUCAUGGUUCAAUCGGAGAGCAGUGGCAUCGAGAAAUGGCUUGAAGAAAACAAAUUUGCUCAGUUCGUGUUUAAAAUUGGAAAUUACAUCCCUGUAGUGUUUCUAAUAGCAUUGAUUUCUUGGUCCUAUUAUGCUUUCGUGAUUCGACUAUGUCUUCUAUACCUGUUAAACGUAAAUCCCACUCAAGGGGUGGUUUAUCUCAUUCUGUAUCAUCCACUUCUUGUGUUAAUGGUAUGGAGUUACCUCAAAGCUACACUGACUUUACCCGGAUACUCCACUGAUACACCGAUAGCUGGUUCAACAGGUUCACAUCCAUCAAUUUCCUAUCAUUCCGUGGAACAUCGCAGAUCUAACUCUGCUCAAAAUAGUAUUGAUAGUAAUUCACCAAUUCACUACGAUGACAUAGAAAAUAGAGAUAGUUCAUUCGACGUUCCUGCCACAAAAUCCAACACCAUUAUCUUAGACGAAAAUGGAAAUCCUAUAUCCGUGGGGUCAAUAAUGGUAAAACAGAGUGGUGAAAAAAGAUAUUGCCAAAAAUGCCAACAAGAUAAACCUGACAGAACACAUCAUUGUAGAGUCUGCAAGAAGUUAAAUAAUUGUAUAGGAUUUCGUAAUCAUAAGUACUUCUACUUAUUUGUCGUGUGGGGUACUGUAUAUUGUUUCUUCGUGACAUUUGCCACUCUUCCGCCUACAAUUCAAUAUGCUCAAUCUUCUUAUGAGGCAAUAAUCAACUUGGAUUUAAACUGGUCAUUUCUUAUAUUGAUUGGUGGUAUAUUUGGCUUAUGUUUAAUAGGUUUUGCGGUAUAUCACACUACACUAUUAUUUUCCAAUCAAACAACUCUAGAAAGUUUAACAAAACAUAAUUAUAAAAUCAAAGAAGGUGGUGAUGUUACCACAAGCAAAUAUUUGAAUUUAUUUGAUAUUGGUAAAAGAGCUAAUUUUAUUCAAGUAAUGGGUCCUGAAUGGUAUUUUUGGUUUAUUCCUGUUGGUAAUUCUUUAGGAGAUGGAAGAUCAUGGCCUCUUAACUCUUAUAAAUAUAAUACUUUAUGUGAAUCUGUUGAGAACUUAACUAAACCUCCGCAACCUGCUUAA